AUGUUCAUUGCUUGUGAAUGUACUGAUGUAACUCCAGUUUCUAGAAAAGAAUCAUCUGUAGAAUUCUGGAGCAAAGCUUCAGACCCUACUGCAAAUAAAGAAUUAUUAGAAAAUCUAUAUCAAAAUAAUAUUAUCCAACUAAAUAAUAAUAUUUUAACGCCAGUACAAAAUUUACAAUCAGAUCAAA